UAAUAGAAUACAACAAUUCUACUGAAAAUGACCAAAAUUAUAAUACAGAGUUUGUUUGUUUAUAAUGAGUAAUUUCAACUCUAGGUUUCAAAUUUUGGAAAAGAUAGGAGAAGGGACUUUUGCAGAGGUUUUCAAAUGUAGUGAAACCAGCACUGGCCAAGGAUUUGCGGUAAAAAGACUCAAGAAGGAUUACCACUCUUUUAGAGAAGCUCACAGACUUUCUGAAAUAGCGGUGCUCCGUAGUUUGCCAUCCCAUCCCAAUGUGCUCACUUUGGUGGAGGAUAUAUUUGAUCCUGGAAUAGGAAAGCUCUACAUGAUUUUCGAGCUGAUGGAGAUGAACCUUUACGACCUCAUUCAUCAAAGAAAACGAUCCAUGUCUGAAGCGAAAGUGAAACAUCUCUUCUACCAGAUUCUAAAAGGAGUUGAUCACCUUCACUCUCAUGGCGUGUUUCACAGAGAUAUCAAACCAGAAAACAUAUUGAUCAAGAAGUCAAAUGUAAAGAUAGCUGACUUGGGUUCCGUUCGGUGUAUUUGUAGUCCGCAGCCGUAUACAGAUUAUAUUUCUACGAGAUGGUAUAGAAGUCCUGAGUGCAUUUUAGGUAAUGGAACUUAUGGAGAGAAAAUGGACAUUUGGGCUUGUGGUUGUGUGUUUUAUGAACUAUUCCAACAAAAGCCACUUUUUCCCGGAGAAGAUGAAAUCGACCAGUUGAACACCAUUCACAAAGUGACUGGAACUCCUUCUCCCAGAGUUCUGUUGAAAAUGCGACACCCACAAUCAAGAGUUGCACAGGUUAAGUUCCCUGCAUUACAAGGUAUCAACUUCAAAUGUUUAUUACCUUUUACGACAGAAACUGCGAGAGAUUUACUUAAAAAAAUGCUAACUUACGAUCCUGACAUUCGUUCUAACGUUCACAGGCUUGUAGAUCACAAAUAUUUUUGCGAGUUCAGAGAGAAAGAAUAUAAAAAGCAACUAGCAGAGCUGAAUCCGUACGUUCCGAAGCCUUACAGUAUACAACAACUAAAUAAGUUUAAUGUUAAAACAAAACCUAGAUUCAAUAUAAUGAAUGUAUCAUCAUCUAAGAAGCCAGGAAAAUUAGUAACUAGUUCUUGGGGUCCAGAGACAACGGCAAAAACAAUAUCUGCAACUCAGAGUAAAAGUAAACCUAACAACCUGCAGUUACUUCCCAAGAGAAGACUAUUGGACCGUCCUCAAAUCCAGCAGAAACGUAAUGAUCAGACUGAAGUAGUUAAUUCAACAAAAAUACCAAUAAAGGUUCCAGACAUAAAGUCUAAAACUAUUGGAACUCUUCCCCCCAUAGGUGGAAAUAAAGCAGGGACCCAAAGCAAAAGUAUUGCCAUUAACAUUUGUAAACCUUACAAUAUACAUUUUCUGCCACAAAUAAAAGAAAAGUAAAUUUAA